AUGGCUGUCCCAGGGACUGAAAUUUCAGGUUCAUUUCUUUCUGUGUUUCAUAUUGAAGGGACAUUUACUCAAGACCUUGGACAUUUUACCCUACAGGAUCUGAAAUAUUCUCCUGAAGGAGUCAUAUACACCCAUGGUCCAAAGCAGUACAAAAUCCAUUUAACUGAUAUCCCAGAAGAGCUUCACGUAUCCUUGUUGACCUCAAAACAAAAUCCAAAAAGGAGUUUCUCCAAAAAAGGCCUGGGCAAGUCAGGAAUGUUUCUGGGUCUUCCAAUGUUCUUCUCCAUAAAUGACACCAUGUCUGCAGCUGGCAGCGACAGGGGCCUGGUUCUGACUUUGACAAUGCCCAGCCCAGCCACACCAGAGCCAAUUCGAAUGGCCUGUGCAGAUCAGUUUACAGACCAGAUUCCACGAAUUGAUUCUAAAUGCUAUAAGCCUUGGGCUAUCCCUGUUGCCUAA